AUGGUUCACUCUGAAGUGGAAGCAUUCGGUGGAGAUCCGAAAAGGGUCACCCUCAUGGGCCAUUCUCAAGGUGCAAGUGUGGCUGUGGUGUUCGCAGUGUCCAGUAUUAUCGACCCCGCUCACCGGCUAUUUCAACAGGUCCUGGCAUUAAGUCCUACGGUAAAUUACCGUAUCACAUCAAAUCGUAUUGAUCUGACAUGGCGAUUAGCCCACGAAGUAGGGUGUGCACAUUCCCCCUCUCCUCCCGACACCACCAACUCGUCACAAGUCGCAGAAAUGGUGGCAUGUCUGAGGAAGGUGGACGCUUUGGAUUUGUUGGCCAAGCAGAGACUGAUCGAAGAUAGGGACGGAUUGGUAUUUGAUGGAAUCGUUUAUGGA